GCCAGUCCAAAAGCGGCAACCAGUUUCUUAUUUACUUACUUAACUCCCUUGCAUUCCAUGAAGUCGAUUAGAAGUUUUUUUGGUGGCAAACAUAUAAUUUUAAAUGAUGAAGACAUUAGAGGAAGAAGAAAUGGAAUUAUUACAGCAAGUGGAAUGUGACAUUCCUGAAGCAGUAGCAGAAUAUACAGAAAUAGUAUCCAGUCCUCAGAAGGAUGUUCCAAAUAUUGUCACUAAAAGGACAGUCUUCCAUUUACAGCAUGAGGAAGAAGCAGAUAAAAAGAUUGAGAAGGAACAUGUCAUAAAUAUUUCUGAGGGUACCUCUGGGAUGGACAACAUUCAGCCGUUUGCUGAAUCUCAAGCACAAUCCUUAUAUAAUCUGCCUACGUGUCUAAAUGCAGCAGAAAAACAUCUUCAUAUCAAUCAUCAAUCUACCAUUUUAGAAAAAUCACAGAAUGUUGUAACACUGCCUGUUCAAAACAUCAACAUUUCAAAUCAGCUGUGCUCAGACUAUUCUCCGACUAGUAUCAGUCAGGAAACCCAGUUAUCUUAUAGUUCUCCAGACAAUGAUGAUACUUUAUCAUGUUUAUCACCUGUUUCAAAUCCAGUAAAUUCUAAUCAUAUAAGUACAAAUUAUUCCAGACAGAAUUCUACAUCUUCCUCAUCAAAAACAUCACAUUGUUUGCCUCCCUGUAGAAUAUGUGGAGAGAAAGCUUCAGGUUUCCAUUAUGGUGUGAAUACAUGUGAAGCCUGCAAGGGUUUUUUCCGUAGAAGCAUUAAAAGGGUUACUCCAUAUAAAUGUGUAGAGUCAAACAACAGUUGUGUGAUUGAACCAGGGAAAAGAAAUAUAUGUCCGAAAUGUAGAUUUGACAAAUGUGUAAAGGUUGGCAUGUCCAAAAGUGCAAUUAAAACUGGCCGUUACACCCAUGAAAAAAGAUCUCAGGAUAUCCGGGAAGUAAAGAAACUUGAGACUGGUUCCCCUGACUGUGUUCCUGUUGUUAUAUCAUGUCAAGAUAUGGAAGAGUUAAAAGAUUUGGCAAUGAUUCUUGUUGAUGCUCAGAAGGAUAUGUAUGGACCUAAAUUUGAAUAUUGGAUCAAUGAUGAUACCAUUUAUGAACUAGCUCAGGAUUAUCUCAGGCAGCAUAAAGCGAAAACUGACAUAUUUGGAGACCUUCACAAGCUCCCGACAGAUGAAUUUAAGAACUUCUACAAUACAACUGGUAUCGAUAUAGAUAACAGAAUAGAACUCAUGAGUGAAAUAGCUACUACUUUAGAAAAUGGAGUCUCUAAAUACAUUAACUUUGUUAAAAACAUUCCAGGGUUCAUUAAUUUAUGUUUAGAAGAUCAAGCAGCUUUGAUUAAAGUCUCCAGAUUUGAGUUUUGGUUUAUUGGUUACCAGAGGUUUGUUUGUCCUGACUUAGAAGUAACAACAGGAGUGAUGAAACAGUGUCAUCAUAAGACAGAACUAGCCAAAGUUGUUGGCAAUGAAUUUGUGGAAGAACUUUUUGAACACAGCAGAAAAAUACAAAGUUUAAAGUUGACAUGUGAUGAUAUUGCUGUGUUGAGGUCAUUCCUUGUGGUAUCCCCAGAUAGAUGUCCCUUAAAAGACAGAGAUGCUGUAGAGAAGAUCCAAUGGAAACUGCUGAUGUGUAUGAAAUAUUUAUUUGAGGUGAACCAUAGACCAGAGGAACGAUACCUUUCUAAGGUACUAGACAGAGUGGCUAGUCUAAGAGUGCUAUCAGAAAUGAAUGAGAAGAGAGCACAAUCAAUCAAACUAGAAUGGCCGAUUUUGAAGAACCACCCGUUACUAGUAGAACUGAUGUCUGGUUAAUAUGCUUAUGUUGGUCUUUAAUUUAUAGGGUAAAAUAAAUUGUUGAUAUAUAUAUAUAAAGCUAUAGUAUGUGUCUGAUCAGGUCAGUCUUUGUGUCCCGAAAAUAUCACUGCCAGUGAGAGGAGAAAAUCUAGUACUGAUUUAUUAUUUCUUUGUCGUGGAUGUUAGAUAGGAUGCUCAAACAUUUAAGAUAUAGUUGAAGUAUUUCUUUACUGUGAGCAUACAAAAAAAGCAAGUGGUUAAAGAAAAAGUAAAGGCCAUUAAAACAUGGAAAUUGACAUUUUUUCCAAAAGUAGUGUUCUCUCAUUUGUUCCAUUGUAUUGUUUUUCUCCAGUGUACUUCUCACCAUAUCUGGCAUUAAGACACUUGACAGUUUUACUUGAUUGUGUAAUUAUUAUAAUCUAUCCUUGUUGGGACACAAUGAUGCUGGUGAUUUAACUAUAUCAUAGUGACAUGGUCUUUAAAAACCUUUUUGUGAAAUAAAUAACAGAAAAUGACCCAUUAAAUGUGCAUUUAUCUUUGUUUAUACUAAUCUGGAGUUGCUUUUCAUGAAAGAAUCACACUGGUUGAAUCUAUGAUAAUGAGAGUAAUUGACAUCAUUAAACAAUUUGUUCUUACUGUGAUGUAAUAAGUUAAGCAUUAAGACUGGAAAAUAGUAUGAAUUUAUUUUAUAGGUCACCUAUCGUGAGCUUGAGGCAACUGUCUUAACAUGUAUGCAAACUUUCAUUAAAAUUUUAUUAUUAUAUAAAAACAUUAUGUCAUCAUAUGUAUCUGCCAUUGUCUGCUGGUUAUUUUCUUCCUCCCAACUUUUGCAAAAGGAAAAGAAAUGCUGGAUUAAAAUAUACAUACUAGUACUUGUUUUUCAUAUAAUUCAUUAUUGUGCAUUAUAUGUCCGAUUUAAACUGUGAUAUUUUUUUUAUAUGCAUUUAAUGAAACCGUCUGAUUUCUAGAGUACUUUUUUUAUAUGUCCAAUAUGUGCCUUUUAAUAACAUUUUGAUGCAAUUGAUAAGCAUAUUAAAAUUAACCAUACAUUAAUAGUAAUACAUUCCAGUGGUAAAAAGUUGAGAAGUAUUUAUAUUAAUAUUUUUUCAUGUCUUAUUUUUGAAAGAGGUGUACAUUCUUCCUGCCAAAAGUCAUAGUUUUUAAAUUUUUAUGAGAAGUAACUAUUCACUAUUUUGCAUUGUCGUAUUUAAAAAGAUUCUGGGAUGAUUUUUAUCAAAAAGAGAUAAGUUUGAACCCUUUUUCCAUAUUUCAUGCAUUUUCUCAUAGCUUUUACAAGACAGAUUCAUGUGUAAUAUAAUAUAUAUUUUUUGAAUAUUUCAUGUUAAUAUAUAUUGCAAUAUUAAAAUGAUAAACUGCUCAGAUGUUGUAUUAAAUUGAAUCAUACAUUUAUGACCAAAUUAUAAAUUUGAUUUCUAUUAUCAUUGUUAAAUUUCAUUGUUUGAUUAUUUUGUUUUCUUUACCUCCUAUUUUAUUGUUACUUAUUAGAUAGUAAUAUAAGUAUGUGUUAUAUAGUAAUAGUGACAAUAAUGUUAGCUCAAAUAUAUUGUUGAUCUUUGGCUACAGAGAUAUAUGUUCCUGGCUGUGCUAGUUUAUUCUAAUUUAACUGUAAAUUUCAUGGUUCUGUUUAUUCUCCUUGUUGAAGAAGGCUUGCUACAUAACAAACAAAUGAUGCAUUUAAUGGUUAUUUUUUUUUAAUAAAGAUUAAUUUUCUGAUAAAUGGAGAUCAAUUGUAAUCAUGCAGUGCAUGCAUUACAGAUGUAUUAAUUGUCCCGUUACUAUGUUAAGUAAUGAAUUAGGUAAAAGUUUUAUCCCAAAUCUGGACCUCUUUUUAUAAAGGUAAUUGGUGAUAUACACUUACUAAUGUCCACCAUUCCUGACCUCAAUCAUUAUCAAAUAUAUUGGGACUUUUCAGUACUUCAUGUGGAUUGUUGAUUGCUAAUUGUACAGUUGCAAAUUUAUUCUUGUUAUAAUUAUGUUUAUUUUUGUUUAAAGUGGUAAGAAGUAGUAACAAGUCUUUUCUCACUUACUUAUAGGGUAUCAGUGGCCAAGUGGUCUACUACUGAAAUCACUAGCCAGUCAACACUAUGGUUUUGGAUGCGGUUGCACUCCAACUCUAAUCUUAAUUUUCUAGGAUUGUAAGUUUUCCUUUUGAAGGUCAGUAGUCUUCUCUAGGCACUCCAGCCUCCUUCACCCAUAAAAACUGACCGCCACCACAUAGCCCAUAAGAAGAACUUAGAAAUGGUUUUAAAACACCAACAACAAAUUUCUUACUUACUUUGUUUGAAAACCUGAGUCCCUUGAAACUUUUACGGCAAUGAUUUUAUAUUAACACCUUCAGAUAUCGAGCCAAUAAUUGGUCUUAAAAGUGUGCAAUGUAUAAUUUUUUUGUUAAUGUGUUUUCUUUUAAUUUGUCCUCUUUUGAUAUAGUUCUUUGAUGUUUGAAAUUUUCAAGGAUAUUGUAGUUGUUUUCUGUUUUUGUAAUGGCAGCAAAUAUGGGUUAUUUUGUAUUUUCAUGAGAGACAUUAUCAGUUUGAUAUACUUGAAAGAAAUUAAGAUAUAUUAUUGGACUCAAAAGGAAUAGUCAAAUCAAAUCAAAAAGCUCUCCCUGAAUGACCUAUGAAUAUAUCAUGCUCACAAUACUAGCCUUCAUGAAAAAGCAAACAUUUCAAUUGUUUGAUUAUCUUAACACCUUAUUUUAAGUAUUCCGCUCUUACACUGUUUUGUAUGAAAAAAAAUCCUUCUGAAAUAUAACAGAAGAAAACAAUUUCUUGCAAUUUGGGAAACAGUUAUCCACAAUGCAAUCUAAAUGUAUGAUUUACAACUCCAAAUCGACAGGAAAUUCUUACUGCAGUGCAUGAGGCCUAUAUUUAACAGAGGGGAGUUUAGGAAAUUUUCCAAAAUAUCCGGAGAAUAAACACCUAUGCAAAUAAGACAUUUUUUGUUAAAGGAGUCUUUGUAUUCAAUGAAUACUGUGAUAUUUAAAGUAUUUUUUUACUUUGUUUAAAUAUAUAUAUUACAGAAGAACUUAUUAUGACUUGUAUGGAGAGUCAUUGGCACUCAUACCAAAUCUUCUUAUAUUUAUCUAUUGUCUUAAAAGUUUUUCUCAAUUUGUUAACCUCAAUCAAAUGUUGCUUUAAUUUGAUUUAAUCUACCUUAGAAUUUAUUUAUACAAUUUAGAUUAUU